CGUUGCACAGAGGUCUGUUGACUGGGUGGAGAAGAGUAAAAGUUGUUUCUUAAAUUAGUUUCGGUUCCUGUCUGUGGUUUCUUCCCCUUCUGCGUUUUCUCAGAAAUGUGUGCCCUCUUGAAAAAAAAACAGUGAAAUGAAAUGAUAAACAACACAAAACAGAAACAAAUCAAAUAAAUAUCAAUUCUGGGGGGAAAACAUGAUCUGCUGCCUGUUUUCUUUUUGUUCUUGGCACAAAUUCUUUGUGGACGUCUUAUUUCUUCUCCUGCUUUGCAUCAAAUGAGCUGUUUUUCUUUGUUCCUUCACCUCCAGCAACCAUGAAGAAAGGCCAGAACGGCUCCAGCUGGACCCGAGAGCAGAGCCUCGUGUUCGGGGGAAACAAUCAGAACGCGUCGACUCCGUCCUCGACCUCCACUUCUUCUUCCUCCUCGUCGGGCCAGGUGACGUCCAUCGACGGCGUCAGCUUCACGGAGGGGGACCUGCUGCUCCAGGCGCUUAACGGCUUCGUGCUGGUGGUGACGGCUGAAGGUUACGUCUUCUACACGUCGCCCACCAUCCAGGACUUCCUCGGCUUCCACCAGGUAAAACAUGAUGAUCGAUGAAGUCAAAUAUUUAUAAAUUUACUUACUAAGUCGUUCUAG